UUUUCUACCCAUGCGUCAGGCAGGCAGUGCAUGAUUAACCGGAAGAGACGUUAUGGCUCAUUUCUAGAAGGGUUGGAGGGAGUGAAUAUGGUUUGAGGUCAUUUACAUUUACUUCACUCAAAUACUGUUCAGGUUGUGGGGUCAGCACAACUCCAGAUGGAGACGGAGUCCGAGAUGCUCUCAGCCGCCAUGGCUAGCACCUUAAAAGUGUCAGAGACCAGAGAAACCACUGCAGACCAUGAAGAAGACCAUUUCUAUGACUGUGAGGACAAAUUACCCGGAGAAGAGGGACACAAUGACGUUAAAUGCACAGAGAGGGCUCGCGACGAUAGACUGGAGUCAGAUGCCAGGACAGACAAAGACAACAGCGUAGAAAACAUGAAUGACACUGACCGGAUGUGUUUGGAUAACACAUCAUCAGAGGAUUCUGAAGAGCUCGAGGACAGGUCAGCUGAAAAGAGACCUGACUCUUUGACAGGAGAUCCUGGGGUAGAUAGUGGCGAAGAACAGGAGAAAUGUGAGAGGUUUUUGGAGAAUGAUGAGAAGAGAGAGAGUGACUCAGAUUCUGAAUUUAAAGAAGAGGUCAAGGUGACGGAGUAUGAUGAGGAAUACCUGCGCGAGCAGGAGAAAGACCUGACGGAAGAAGAAAAAGAGAGCAGAAGAAAAGAGAGUUUAGAGCUGAAGGAGAAGGGCAACAUGCAGUUCAAGAAUGGAGAGCAUGUGGAUGCUGAGGAGUCUUACAUGGCUGCCCUGCGUGUGUGUCCUGUGUGCUACAGUAAAGAAAGAUCCAUACUCUUCUCUAAUCGAGCUGCCGCACGCUUGCAUCAGGAUAAAAAAGACAGCGCUAUCAGUGACUGCUCUAAAGCCAUAGAACUGAAUCCAAAUUAUGUCCGUGCCAUUCUGCGGAGAGCAGAACUUUACGAGAAGACAGAAAAGCUUGAUGAAGCUCUAGAGGACUACAAAACUGUCUUGGAGAAAGACCCGGGCAUCCCUGCAGCUAGAGAGGCCUGUAUGCGAUUGCCACGGCAAAUUGAAGAGCGCAACGAGAAGCUGAAAGAAGAGAUGAUGAGUAAGAUUACAUUUUUUUUUAAAUUUAAUAUUUGUGUCUGUCUAAGAUCAGAAACACCACGAUAAGAGGUGCGAGAUUAGUUUAUUUAGGGCAGUA